AUGAGAUUGAAGGAGGAUUGUCCAAGUUAUGGGUACAGGCCUCCCCCUACUAUAUACGUUUCUUUGAUUGAAUCUUAUGUCAAAUCUGGAAAGUUAGAAACUGCUUUGAGGCUUUGCUUGUAUACAUUGAUCAUCGAGUCUCAUGCAAAAUCAGGGAAGCUUGAUAUUGCUAUGUCUGCAUUUUCAGACAUGGAGAAAGCUGGAUUUCUACUAACUCUAUCUACAUACGCUUGUCUAUUGGAAAUGCAUGCUUCAUCCGGACAAAUUGAUCAUGCCAUGAAACUGUACAAUUCAAUGACUAAUGCAGGUUUAAGGCCAGGCCUAAGCACUUACACUGUUCUUUUAUCUCUACUGGCUAAUAAGAAGCUUGUGGAUGUUGCUGCCAAAGUUCUACUUGAAAUGAAGACGAUGGGAUAUUCUGUGGAUGUGACAGCUAGUGAUGUUUUGAUGGUGUAUAUCAAGGAAGGUUCGGUUGAUCUUGCUUUGAGGUGGCUGCGUUUCAUGGGUUCGUCAGGUAUCAGAACAAAUAAUUUUAUAAUCCGACAGUUGUUUGAGUCAUGCAUGAAGAAUGGGAUAUACGAGUCAGCCAAGCCACUUCUUGAAACAUAUGUUAACUCCGCUGCAAAAGUUGAUUUCAUUCUUUACACUUCGAUUUUAGCGCAUCUUGUUAGGUGUCAGGAUGAAGAGAAUGAGAGGCAUUUGAUGUCUAUCCUUAGUGCAACAAAGCAUAAGGCCCACUCGUUUAUGUGUGGACUUUUCACAGGCCCCGAACAGAGGGGACAACCGGUGUUGACUUUUGUAAGGGAAUUCUUUCGAAGUAUUGAUUAUGAAUUGGAGGAAGGUGCUGCAAAGUACUUUGUCAAUGUUCUUCUCAAUUACCUAGUUCUUAUGGGACAGAUAAAUCGAGCUCGAUGUGUUUGGAAGGUUGCUUAUGAGAAUAAACUUUUCUCAAAGGCUAUAGUUUUCGAUCAGCACAUUGCUUGGUCCCUUGAUGUUAGAAACUUGUCUGUUGGAGCCGCCCUUAUAGCAGCGGUGCACACUCUUCAUAGGUUCAGAAAGCGUAUGCUAUAUUAUGGUAUUGUCCCAAGACGGAUUAAAUUGGUGACGGGACCAACUUUAAAGAUUGUGAUUGUGCAGAUGUUAGGCUCGGUAGAGUCUCCAUUUGAGGUGAGUAAAGUUGUUCUUAGAGCACCAGGAGAUUCUGUCAUGGAGUGGUUUAAGAAACCGAUAGUUCAGCAGUUUCUUCUGAAUGAAAUUCCAUCUAGGGCUGAUAUCCUGAUGCACAAGCUGAACAUACUUUUUCCCAAUUCUGCACCCGAGCAUGAGUUAACUCACACUGGGCAUUUUUAA